CCUUGAUCUUGUUCGCGGGUUUGCAGAGAGAAGCAGAGGGGAGUUGAGAGCUCGGCGGCUGUCCGAGAGAGUCCGUCGUCUGCCGUGGAGGUGCUCCACUAUCGACGAUUUGUCUGCGCUCUGUCACAGGGCUCAUCUCACCUGGCUGCAGGAUAGGGAAAAUGAUGUCCUGAUGUCAAACCCAUGUCGCCAUUGUCAAGAUCUGUUACAUUCUGCUGUCCUGGUAUUCAACAUCUUCUUUGGAAAGUUACUGUUAUCUGCAUCAGCUUCAGUCUGAGACGACAAAGAGACUCAUUUUACCGCAACAGGUUUAAUUAAAGAUGUAUUCUAACCCUGGAAAGAAGUUAUAAAAUCUAAAGUAUUUAUCUGUCUUGAAGUGGCAGUAAUGGAUGUUAAGAAGGUGGACAAGAUUUAAUUGGAAAAUACAUAGCUUUCAUCAAGUAAUAAUAAAAUAGUUUGACGAAAUUCCAUCUUCUAAUUUCUAACGAUCUUUUAUCACAAAUAUAAAUUUCAAAAUGAUUUACAUUACACAUUCAGAAAGAGUAAAAUUUACCAUUGCUAAUUAUUGACCGGAUAAUUUUUGCAUAACUCGAGAUGAAACAAUUUGAGAAAGCUGCAGCAUGAAUCGCACCAGCCAAUUAUAGUCAUUACGGCUGCAUAGUUUGAAUUGCUCAGAUGCUAAUUCCAUAGCUAUAAUUGAUGUCAAAUUCAGCAACUGAGUUCUCCUAGCAGCACAGCACAGCUGAAAUGGUUGAUCUUUUCGGAUAACAUUCCAAAGAGUUUCAUACAAUUACCAUUUUAAUGCAUCUAAUAAAUUAUCAUACGUUACACUAUUUGUCACUGGAGGCAGUAGGAGAAAUAUCCUUAUAAAAAGAAAAUUAAAGAAAAUUCCUAGAAAUUAUUCAAAGCUUCAAGAUGACAGUCAUACCAGUAAUAAAUAUGGAUGUUGCCCAAGUAUGGCGGCGAGUGAAUGAUAAAUUAGAGCACCCUGAAAGUCAAAGGAAAAUGGUGCUAGUGAUAGUAUGUGUUGCACUACUGUUAGAUAAUAUGUUAUACAUGGUGAUUGUGCCAAUCAUCCCUGAUUACUUGAGGUAUAUAGGAGCUUGGAGUACACACACUGUGAAAGGAGACAUGGUUUGGGAUAAUAGCAGUGCUGUACCUGGUAGCAAUGCUUCCUUCUGGAAGAGAGCGAAAGACAGAAUUGUGUAUGAAGGCGAGGACAGUGCUGUAGGGAUACUAUUUGCUUCGAAAGCUAUAGUUCAGCUUUUCAUCAAUCCGUUUUCUGGAGCAGUAAUUGACAGGAUUGGAUACGAUACACCAAUGAUGAUAGGACUCACCAUCAUGUUCGUUUCUACAGCAAUGUUUGCUUGCGGGCAGAGUUACGGUGUCUUGUUUUUCGCUCGAAGUCUCCAGGGUGUUGGAUCGGCAUUUGCAGAUACUGGAGGUUUGGCCAUGAUAGCUGACCGGUUUACUGAAAAAGAAGCACGUAGUAAAGCUAUCGGAAUUGCGCAAGCUUUUAUAUCAUUUGGAAGUCUAGUGGCUCCUCCUUUUGGAGGACUGUUGUAUGAAUUUGCUGGGAAGGAAGUUCCGUUCAUCGUUCUAAGCAUGGUCUCUUUAAUGGAUGGAUUUGCCCUUCUAUUCGUCAUGAGACCAGUAAAAAUAAAGGAAAAAGGAGCUGAGCGUCCAAAAGGAACUCCUAUAUACAAAUUAUUCAUAGACAAGUAUAUUUCAGUAGCAGCGGGCACUCUGGUUAUGGCAAAUGUGUCUUUGGCUUUCUUAGAACCUACGAUAGCAUUAUGGAUGGAGAACACCAUUGAAAAUGUAGAAGAAUGGCAGAUGGGUAUGAUAUGGCUUCCAGCUUUCUUUCCACACGUCUUGGGAGUAUACACAACCGUAAAGCUUUGUAAAAAGUACCCAAAAAAGCAAUGGUUAAUAGCUGCAACAGGGCUAGCUUUGGAAGGAUUAAGCAGUUUCUUCGUUCCUAUCUCCGCGAAUUUUUGGCUGCUGAUGAUACCAAUAUCCGGCAUCUGUUUCGGAAUAGCCCAAGUCGAUACAUCUCUUUUACCCAUGCUUGGAUACCUCGUCGAUAAAUAUUACGUGUCGGUUUACGGAUCUAUUUAUGCUAUAGCGGAUAUAUCGUAUUCCCUUGCAUAUGCCAUUGGGCCUAUCAUUGCUGGAGGUAUAGUGGAUACCAUCGGAUUUACCGGGCUUAAUAUGUUAAUUGCCGUAAGUAAUCUUGCUUACGUACCUAUGCUGUUUAUGUUGCGACAUGUUUACGAUUACGAUACUUUUGAAAAUGAAGAAAAUAUCGUUCUAGACGAAAUGCCUGCAGCUGAAUAUAAGACAUUUGUAAUGAACAACGGAAAUGCGUUGAGUUUGAACCAAACAGAAGAAUCAGGGAAUUUACAGCCAGAACUCUUCCAGUCUCAACAGAAUCAGGAGCUGUUCCAAGCAGAUACAAGAACAACUCAAGUACGGGACACAAACCCUUUUCGUCAAGCUCCAACGGUUAAUGCCCCUGCCAAACAAAAUAUUGAUAACAAUCCUCAAGGGCAACAAUUCAAGACUCAACAAGCAGCUGCGAAACGUCCCAAGAAAGUGAGAGGCUACAGGUCUUCAGAUAUGGAGAAAAUAAUCAGCAGUUCUGAUGAGGAACAAUAAUAAGAUUAGAUGGAACGCAUUAACCACUGUAUUAUUGCUCAGAUUAAACGGAGAACUUCAGAGUAAAUUUUAAAGGUAAGAAGUAGUUUCAUAAAAAUUUGAAUAUACAGAAAGUACGAAGUUGUUGUGAAAAGAAUGGCAUUCAUUUUCUACUGCCCACAAAAGGAACUGAUGUUCUCCGUUUGACUGGUUUAGUGAAAUAAAUUAAUGUAUUAUUUAAUUUAGGAUCAACAAAAUAACUGAUUAGGUAUUUAAUUGACUACUUAUGAAGUGUAUUAUAUUUUAUUCUUGAUAAAUUGAUGAUGUUGCUGAUCAAGGUGGAACUGUGCUAAACAAUCGUCAUUGUGAUAAACUUUGACAGCAAUAAUCUGCAUGUUUUAGUUACUGUUACUCUUAAGGAUUGAUAAGUGCAAACUGGUGGAAACAAAGAAAUGUGAAAUUUAAGAGAAAACAAAGAAAUCAUUAUUAAUGUUAGAAGAUACCAACUUCGGGUCGUAACUGUGAUGGAAUGAGAUCGUAACAAGAAAUUUUAAAUGGGUUAUUAUUCUCCGUUUGAUAUUAUCCUCAUGUUUCUAAUUAUAACUAUUUUAUUUGUUAUUGUCCUUUAAGAACUGUAUAUAAUCAGUUUCAAAAUGAAAACAACAUGUUAUUUCAAGUGUGGCAUAAUAACCCAAUAAGUUCCCCUACUGUAGUGUUGUUUCAAAUAUUUGUAGUAAAAAUUGUGCUGAAUUUUAUUGUUAAGUUUGAAGUGACAUUUCUCAUAAUUAAAAUAAGACUUCAAUGAAAUGACCUUAACUAAGAAUCGGUAACAAUUUAAAUCAAUAUUUUAUAACAGCUUCAAGCAGUUCAUUGCAACGGAAUUGUAAUAUUUUAUCCAAGCAAAUUUGAUUACUAUGAGCAAUGUAAAAAAAGUCAUAUAUUUUGAAAUUACGAAAAACAGUCAAAUUUUUAUUAUGUUUAAAUGCGGAAUCUCCACUUUAUGAAAUUAUAGUAUCAUUGAAACAAAUCUCUACUGCAAAUAGCCCAAUGAGAAGGUAAUUAAUAAUUCACUUACUAAAUACUUUUUUUAAUUCAAUGGUGGGCACUUGCAUAUUCAGCACUGGCUACUUCUAAGGUCAGAAUUAGUGGCCAAUUUAUUGUGGAGGCAUCUAACAGGCAGCCACCGUUACCUCCAUGAAGGAACGGAUAAUUACAACCAUGCCUUCUUCGAGAUUCGAGCCCGGGCCUUUUGGUAUCGCAGUAGGCUCCCCUAACCCCUAUACUAUACCUAUAUGGGCGUCUGCUAAUUAUUAUAGAUUUAUGAAGUUUUUUUUUUUUUUUUUUUUUUUGCAUUUAAAUUUUAGGAACACCACUUAAUGACUGAGAUUUUGUUUACCGACUCUAAAGUUAAUUGUCUAAAUUAGUAUUAUAUGUCUAGGAACAUGUUUUUCAUUUAAUGAGAAGGAUUUUGUUUAAUGAAACAUAAAGAGAUUAUUUGAUUAUAAUUUCUUUUCUUUUCGUAUGUCUUAUUUAUGUUUAAUACCAUAAUAAUUAAUUCAUAACCAUGAAUUUUUAGAAGUGUUAAUUCUUACUAUUAAGUUUCUGUUAGUAUUAUUACUAUUCUUUCUAUUCCUCUUAUUAAUUCCUAUUCGUAAUAAUUCCUUAGUAUUAAUUCCUAUUCGUAAUAAUUCCUUAGUAUUAAUUCUUAUCCCUAUUAUUAAUUCAUGUUCUCAUUAAUUCAUAUCCAUAUUAAUUCCUCAUUAUUGAUUCAUGUUCCUAUUAAUUCCUCAUUACUAAUUCCUAUCAAUUCCUCAAUAUUAAAUCCUAUUCUUAUUAAUUCCUCAUUAUCAAUUCCUAUUGCAAUUAAUUCCUAUUUUUAAUCUCUGGUUUAGUUUUGACUUAAAAUUUAAUUGAAAAGAUAUCCUUUAAUAUUAAAAAAUAUAUUUUCUUAAAUUGCUGUUGUUUCCAGUUGUUGAUAUAAUUUAUAGUGUUACUGGUAUAGACAUAAGCAUAAGGGGUUGAGUGUAUUACGAGCCUUUACUUCUAAAAAAUGAAAGCAAAUUAAUAGUGACGAAAGAUUUUUUUACUUUCAUUUGCAUGAUACCUAAUUACAAAAAUAUUGUAUGAAAACAGAUAUAUAUACAGCUAUAUAUGUGAUUAGUAUGAGAGUUCAAGUUUGUUUUUACGUUUAUGUAUGAUAAAGUACAGGACUUCAAUGUACAUUGCUAAUUAUAGAUUAGAUUGUUAUGUAACAAAUUAUUAUUAAAUAAAUUAUUAAAAAAGAAAAUUAAACAUUCACAAUAUUUUGCAAUUGCCUAAAUUAAUAAAUUGAGUGAGUAAUAGCAAAAUCUGCUCAUCUGUACAACUAAAUUAAAUGAAAAUCUUUAUAAACCAAUUUUUUAAUAAAAUACAAAUCAUUCAGGUGAUGUUUUAUAGAUUUUAUUUAUAAUUUCAUUUACUAAUACUCUUCUGACUUGUCUCUGAAUAAUAUUUUUCAAUUUUUUUCUCUCUUGCAUUUGAAAAUUUUAAUUGCAAAAAUGAAAACGAUUUGCUUUAAGAAGUUGAGGAUCGCACAGAGGAAUCUUAAAUAAAAGGGAAAGAUUUUAAUUUGAAACUCUGUUCUGUUAAUAAAUAUAUAACUGAAUUCUUUUAAAUUUAUGAACCAUUUGAUACAAUAUAUUAAUGAAUGUGCAUACUCGUACAUAAUAUCUUUGUCAUGAUAAGAUAUUUAUUUAUUCCAGUAAAAAUCACAAAAUAGCUCUUUAGAAUUUAUAGAACCGUUGCCACAAAGAAAUGGUAUAAAUUUGUUUUUAAAACUAAAAUUAAGCCUUCACUUAGUUAAGCAAGUUCUAGAGUAUGGAAGAAAGAAAAACGUGUUCUUUAUUUGCUGUUGCACAUUGUGGGUGUUCUAUGCAAGAUAUUCUUUCAUUUCACUAACUAACUUUUUCGCAUACUGGAACUGAUUCUUUUUAAUAAAGUCCACAUGUAAACGAAAUAUUAAUUAUUCAAAUGUAUUAUAUUUCUCUAUGUAUUGUGCAACAAAUACCAAAUGUUAGCUCUUCUCUAGAAGAAUUUGCUUGAUGUGAAAUCUUUCAUUUUUCAUGUUUUUGCUGCUUUUUUUUUUAUCUAGGACUUUUAAAACAAUGCUUUUAAGACUCAAUAUUUGAACACAAUUCUUAAGACUAUGGCUUGUGGAAAGCAUAGGCAAUGUUAACAGUAUUACUUCAUUAAUAUAGUUAAAUUUUGGCAAUUCACUUUAUUGUUGUUAUAUCACUCUUUAAAGCUUUAAAUGUUUAAUGUUUUCAAGACUCUUUCAUGAACAAUAUCUCUUUUGAUUUUGUUUUAACAAACCUUGAAGAAAAUAAAAAGACAUGAUAAAUGAUAAAUCUAAUCUCCAUUUUUUCUUUUCUGAGUUGAAUGCACUUAGAAAUUUUAUUGUCUUUAACAAUUUGCCUAAAUUUAAUUUUCAAAUGAUAUUUAGAAUGAAAAAAUAAUUUUUCUGAUUUCAGUAUUGUUUACGGUAUUGAAUUGUGAUAUUUUUGUGUAGUAAGGGUAAAUUGUUUUGAAACGGAAAAUGGAAAAUAUAGGUUAAAUUUAAAAUUCUUUGUAAGAAUUAAAAAUAAAAUAAUUUAAGAAACAUACAUGGCUUUGCCCAAGAACUGAAUUAGUUGAGUGAUAUUUAACUUUAGAUAAAUAACUCACAAAUUGGAUAUUUUGAUCAAUUACUUAAGACUAAAUUUUCGCUGUUAUAAUUAUGAAAGAUAAAAACUUUUAUCACUAAUUUUCUGGCAUUAUCAUGUAUUUUACAAUUGAACUCUUAAAAAAAUCAACAAAACCUUUUGUACUCUAUAGCAAUACAUACGUCCUAUGUUAUAAAAUAGUGUUAUGAUUAAAAUGAGAUUAAAAUAUUGGUUAAAUUUAAAAUUCUUUGCAAAAAUUAAAAAUAAAAUAAUUUAGGGCUUUGCCUAAGAACUGAAUUUGUUGAGUGAUAUUUAACUUAAAAAUAAGAUAAAAACAUUUAAAGAUAAAAACAUUUAUCACUAAUUUUCUGACAUUAUCAUGUAUUUUACAAUUGAAUUCUUAAAACAAAAUCAACAAAACCUUUUGUACUUUAUAGCAAUACAUACGUCCUAUGUUAUAAAAUAGUGUCAUGAUUAAAAUGAAACAAGCAAAACUCCACUAACUCUAUUGCAUUCGGUACGGACAAAACAAACCCACACAGACUGGUGUACUUUUGACAACUGUUCUACAAUCUACUUUACAACAUCACUAACGCUUUCACGGGAGCACGUGAACUUUUGUCAUUCCAUUGGCGCUACUCAAAUAGCAAAUAUCCGUUACAGCUCCAGUAAUCCCGUUACGGAGACAUAGGAAAUUAUUAUUAUUUCACUUACUUCGAUGCAACGACAAUUUAGCAGUUUAUAUUACCAUUUUACAAGCGCCAGUUUGGAGACAUGUGACGUUGCCGUUAUUCCACUGGCAACAUAACCAGUUUAUAUCACAGUUUCACAAGCGCCAAUUCGGAGACAUGUAAAGUUGCCAUUAUUCCACUGGCAACAUAAACAGUUUAUAAACAGUUCUACAAGCUCCAGUCCGGUGACAUGGUUGAUUUAAGUUAUAUCUUCACGAACGUUUCUGUUUGAUAUUGUGCAAAAGAAAUCUGAAGUGAAAUUGUUAGAGAUUUCUCUUCGGCCACAAAGAAGUUCAAUGUAAAAAUGUGAAAACGCGAAGUUUGAAUUUUUAAACAGUAUGGGAUAGUGAUUUUAUUAUGAUAGUUAGUCCUAAUAGCGGCGUAUUGUUAAAAAUAUAUGUAUUACAAUAUAUGUAACAGAGAAUAAUGAUAAUAUUAUCAAUUAUGAUAAUAUUUGAUAAUAUUAUCAAUUAUGAUAAUAUUAUUAAUGAUAAUAUUAAUUAUAACAGAGAAUAAUUGAAAGACAAGUGCUUUCGUUUUGAGAAGGAAAGAUAGUGAGGGUAAGUAUAACAUUAUGUACGAAUAAGUAUGACAUUUAGAAGAACAAAGAAAUAAUUUAUGCAUUAGUACAAAAGGUUUCAUGCCCCACAUUUCAAUAUUUGUAAAAUCUGGGUAAGUUUUCGAAUUAUUUUUCCCUCUGAAAGACAAGUGAAAUCAUAAAAUUAUGAAAAUAUACAUUACAAUUAAUAAUAUAAAUUUAUUUAUAACCCAAAAUCCCCAGAAUGCAAAGGGUUGAAAUUGUUUUAAAUUGUGAAUUCUUCUUUCUAAAUGUUUAUAAUAAUAUACAGGGUAUUUUCAAAGGGAAAAAUAUUUGCCAUUUUUCUUAUUCAAGGAUUGAUAGUUGGAAUGAAGAUGUGUUUUAAUUUGAUCAGUGUUAAGAGGCAUAGAAGUUUCGCAUUGAUAUCCAAGAACACAAGAAUUUAUUUAUCCCCUUAUCCAUAGUACACUUUGGUGACUUUCACAGUUAGACGCACACUUGUACAUAUGUAUAUUACGUUUUAGGAUAGAUAAGUAUUAUAAAUGUUAAGUUCCUUUUUUGGUACCAAGUUAUUUAAAGUACACUUUAAAAUUAGAUACAGAAAUAUUAAAUCGCCAAACAAAAUCGGAAAUGUAUUUUAAAUUUUAAUUCAAACGGAUACACCGGCUUCAGAUAGUUUUAUGGAACAAAAUGAUAAGAAGAAAUUAUUAAUUAAGAUAUUGGUAUUAAAGAAAUACUACAAAAAUAUCUGAAAAUUAUUAUCACUAAUGAAAUUAAACUGACAGACGUUAGUCAAUUUAAAAUUACAUUUUGCCUUUACUCUGUAAAAAGGCUUAAUUCAGUAUCAGUAAUCAGUAUAAUAAAUUUACAUAAGAAAUGUAUUUUAAAAAUAAGAAAUUAAAAUUUAUUGAAGCAUUAUCAAUGUAUCAAUUCUGUUAUUUACUGAAGCAUACACAUCGGUUUUAAUUCUACAACGCUAAGUUAGAUUUCAUUUAAAAUUCGAAUAAAUAAUUUUAAUUGUUAGUUAUGGAAAGUAAUAUAAUAAAUAAAAUUAUUUAGGAAAUUAAAUUCCUUGGGGAGUAGAUAAUUGACUAGAAACUAAGCAAAAAUAAAAUUUAUGACUUCUAGGAAAAAUAUUUAAUAAGAAAUUUCUUGGAUGUUAAAAGAGAUGCCAUUAUUAUUGCUAUCUUCCUCAUGAGCUAAAAAUUUCAAAAAUUGGAAUAUUAUCUGUAGUGGUAGUCUUAUAUAUUUUACACUGAAAAAAACUUGGAAAUUUAAGCAUUAUAAAUAAGUAUAUUUUUCUCCUUUAAUUUCAAGUAUCUCUCUUCUAAAUGUGUAAAAGUAAACAUUAUAAAUAAAUAUAUGUUUUCUCCUUUAGUUUCAAAUAUUACGCUGCUAACUGUGUAAGAUUUAGCACUGAAGAGAAAAGAGUACUUUCAGUAUCUUUCUCAAUGAAAUACAUAAUAAAAUGUAAUAGCAUCUCAAUGAAAUGUAAUAAUUUGUAAUAGCAUCUCAAUGAAAUGUUAUUACAUUUCAUUGAGAUGUUAUUGAAUUUGUUAAUUAUUAAUUUUUCAAAAUAAUAAGGCUUAAGUGCUGUUUUAUCAAAUAAUAUGUUUUUUAUUAAUCUAAAUUAAAUCUGAGUAUACAUAUCAGUUAAAUGUUUUCAAAUACGGAAGGAAGAAAUUGUAUUUUGUAAAGCAUUAUUGUAAUGAUAAAUUAAUUUAUAUAUUAAUGUUUUGUUUACCUAUCAAUCUGAAUUAGAUUAAUAGAGUGCAUAAAACAAAAAAUGGAUUUAAUUAAAAAAAUAUUUGUAAAUUUUACAUUUCUACACUCCAUGCAAAUUUUAUUUACGAGGCAAUAAAAGCUAUUCUAUAAAUUAUAUUAUUGUGAAUAGAAUAGGUGUAGCUGUAUACAGAAUGAUCUGUCAAAUUUCAAGGGAUGCUUUCAUAGCUAUUUUCAGAAUUAAGUAUUUUCACAAUAAGUAAUACUUUGUUUGCAUCACUUUUGGAUUCUGUUCAAAUUAGCAAAGGGUUUUUACAAUUUUGGUCUCUUUAUAUUACAAAAUAUGCUAUAACAAUCAAGCGCUGUUAUCUGAAAUUUGGUAAAAUAAAUAUUCCAAACUGCGAAGCAUUUUAUAAGGAUCUCUUAAAAUGAAAUGCCUUGAAUACGUUAUUAAUUUCUCAAUUUAAUUAUUGCUAAAAAUAAACAAUAAUAGAUAAAUAAACAAUAAAUUCUAAUAAAUAAAAAUUCAUCAAUUACAAAAUUAGCCUAUUUUUGUGAAUGCUAAUUUUUUAUAACACAAAAUUAUUAGAAGAAAUGAGAGUCAGAAUAUUAACAACCUGAAAAGAAUCCUGGUUGGAAAAUGGCUUCUUAAAAGCUAGACCGAAAGAUUUUAUAGGAGCCAAUAACAGAAGAAAAAUCAGAAUAAUAAUUGAGCUUCAUUUAGCACUUAAUGAAAUGUAAAAAAGAAAAUAAAACACAUUACGAUUUGAAAUUUUGUGCUGUCCUAAUUAGAUUAUCUACACAUAUGUGUUUUUAAGAAAAAAUGCAAUGUUAUUUAAAUUGAAACUCCUGGUGCUGUAAAAAAUCAACUUAACAUUGUAGAAAAUUGUGUGUAGAUUUAGAACACGUUAAAAUUUCUGAGACAAAGUGAAAUAAUUUUGCCACUUUUAUCUAUCUCGAUGUAUGGUAUAGAGAAGAAGAAAUUUAUUCUAUCUGCAUAUUACAAAUCUUAUUUUCAUGUUAAUUGUGGAAUAUUCUAAAAUAUAUUAAACAUUAGUAGAUGUUUUAUUAAAUGUUUUAGAACAUCUUAUACAAUUUUAUUACAAAAGAACACGGUUAUGAGGAAAAAUGUUAGAAUAAAAUAUUUAUGAUUUGAUGAAGCAUUCAUAUCUGAAGAACUAAGUCAAUUUUAAAUUUUUUACAUACUGUUUAAAUAUAUUGGAGAAGAAUAUUCAAUUCAUUUUCAUAAGUAGGUUACAAUAGACUGUUCCUAAAAGCGUUUAAGUUUAUUUAAAAGAAUUACUUUGAAAUAGAGAAGUAGCUUAUAAAAUGACAAACAAUGUUUAUAAUAUGGCAACAAUGUUAAAUGCAUAAAUAAGUCAGAAGGUACAGUUGUUUGGACGUCUGCAAACGAUUUCUUCGCAAUGAGAAAAAAGAAGGUUCUUCGUUCUUUGGCUUGUUUCUGUAAUUAACAUUGCUUCAUGUAGCACUUUUGCUAUUGGUUAUCAAAACGUUAUACAAAUUGGCAUAAUGUAACGUUUCAUCUGGUUGUUAAAAUCUCGAAAAAUGUAUAAAGAAAACGGCCUUACAUUAUCAUGAGUUAAUUUAUGUAUAUAGAGAAUGAUUACGCAUGAAAUUUUUAUUAUAUUAUUAAAUAAUUAAUUACUGUAAUUUUUGUCGUUUUUAGCAAUUUUCAGAUCAAUUUAUAUGUGUAAUUUAACUUUAUGUGUGAAAUUCGGUUCGCAAAGUAUUUUGUUUGAGAGUUCUGAACUUUUUUGACAUACUAUGUUAUAUAUUUUUGUUUGUAAAAUUAAUUGCUCAUUAAAGUUACUUUUAUGGUAAAA